AUGCAGUACAAAAAUCCGAGGUUCUUUGCAUUAAUGGACCUGGAUGAUGAUGGUAGGUUAAAGAAUGUAUUCUGGGCAGACCCCCGUAAUCGAGCUGCGUACCAAUAUUUCGGUGAUGUGGUCACAUUCGACACCACAUACCUGACGAACCGAUAUGGGAUGCCCUUUGCACCAUUUGUUGGUGUAAACCACCAUGGGCAAUCAAUUUUGUUGGGAGCUGGCUUGAUUUCCUCAGAGGAUACUGAGACGUUCGUGUGGUUAUUCCAGACCUGGUUGCAGUGUAUGGAUGGUAUAGCGCCGAAGGCUAUUAUUACUGAUCAAGACAGAGCGAUGAAAAAUGCCAUUUCAAUUGUUUUCCCCGAAAGCCGACAUCGAUUUUGUCUUUGGCAUAUACUUAAGAAAGUCCCAGAAAAGCUUGGAAGCUAUGGUUCCUACAAAACUGGAAUGAAAACUACACUAAUGAAAUGUGUGUAUGACUCCCAAACUCGGGAAGAGUUCGAGAAUUGUUGGGAUCAGUUCAUCACCCCGUACAACUUGGGUGAUAAUGUGUGGUUGAAGAGCUUAUACACUGAGCGUGAGUACUGGGUACCGGCAUUUUUGAGAGAUGUUUUUUGGGCUGGAAUGAGUACAACUCAGCGGAGUGAGAGCAUGAAUGCCUUUUUUGAUGGUUGUGUUCAUUCUAAGACAAACUUGAAAGAGUUUGUCGAUCAAUAUGAUAAUGCAUUGAAGAAGAAAAUUGAGAACGAAAAUGUAGCGGACUUCCACUCAUUUAAUGUCACAAUUCCCUGCAUCUCUAGAUCUCCAAUUGAAAAGAGAUUUCAAGAUUUGUACACCAAUGGAAAGUUUAGGGAAGUUUAG